AUGUCCGGGAUCAACAAGCAUGGGGAAAGACCUCUAAGAAUAAGUGAUUGCCUUUCUUCAAAUGUGCCACUGACCUCUGACAAAAUCUUGAAUCUAUCCUCGUUAUUUGCCCAAUUACUGCUAGCUGUCAAAGACAAGUUUAACUGCCUUAGUCAUCAACGAACAGAGGAUGCCCAAACGACUGAACCAUGGCGUGUAAAUGAAAUGAAAAAUGAUCUUAGAUACCUUACAAGUUUCAGUCCCGAAGUUGACAAAGCUUAUGAGUGGAAAUAUCACCUAAGUUGUUUCUAUGUUUCUGAUGAAGAAACCUUGGAACUCUGGCCAUCUGUAUGCAAGCAUGAAGCUCGUGAAUACUUGAAGAUGUGUGAUUCAGGCAUGAGUCCAACAGAUGCAGAUGAAGGUCAGGAACGAAAAACAGCCGUUAAGACCAUUGUCGGUUCUUCACCGUAA